AGUCCGGCUGGACCGGCACUGGGACGAUGAGGCUCCGAUCUUCGCUGUUUGCCUGCUGCGGCAUCUUGGUGCUGCUCUUCGGGAUGGCCGUCUUUUUGCGAGGCUUCUUCCCCGCCCCUGUGAAGUCAUUCGGCUCUGCGAAAGCCAAGCUGUCGGAGAUCCCGGAGGAGCCAGUGCAAGGUCUUACAUCAAAUUGGACAAAGCCGCCAUCUCCAUUGUUUGGAAGGGUUGUUAUUAUGUUGGUGGAUGCUUUGAGAGAAGAUUUUGUGUUUGGACCAAAAGGAAGACAAUUCAUGCCAUAUACACGACAUCUGGUUGAACGAGGUUCCUCACACAGCUUUAUUGCUAAAGCCUGGCCGCCUACAGUCACAAUGCCCAGAAUUAAGGCAAUGAUGACUGGCAGAAUUCCUGGAUUUAUUGAUGUCAUCAUGAACCUAAAUUCUCCUACCUUGCUGGAAGAUAAUCUGAUCUGGCAGGCAAAAUUUGCUGGUAAAAGAAUCUUAUUCUAUGGUGAUGACACUUGGAUUCGACUGUUUCCCAAUCACUUUAUAGAGUAUGAUGGGACUACCUCUUUCUUUGUGUCUGAUUAUACUGAGGUGGAUGAAAAUGUAACAAGGCACUUGGACACGAUAUUAAAAAGAAAUGACUGGGAUUUAUUAAUCUUACAUUACCUUGGAUUAGAUCAUAUUGGCCAUCUGGCUGGACCAAAUAGUCACCUGAUUGGACCAAAGCUUAGUGAAAUGGAUAAUAUUGUUCAGAAGAUUCAUGUAGAACUACUGUCCAAGGAAGGUGAAACCUCACUGCCCAGUUUAUUGAUAUUGUGCGGGGAUCAUGGAAUGUCAGAUACAGGUAGUCAUGGAGGAUCUUCAAAUCAUGAAGUGAACACUCCAUUGGUUUUUCUCAGUCCAGCUUUCAGAAAGAAAGAUUCCUUCACUGUUUCUGAACACGUGGAGCAGACAGAUCUCACUUCCACUUUGGCAUUAGGAUUUGGUUUGCCUGUUCCACGGAACAAUUUGGGGCGUCUCAUCCUAACUGUCCUUGAGGAAAGACCUUUAAGGGAACGACUUAGGUAUUUGCAUCUUAAUGGAUACCAGCUUAGUAAGCUGGUUCAAGAGAGUAUUCCUGCGUAUGAAAAAGAUGCUGGGUACAAGCUAUUUGGAAUAGCACAAAAAUCUCAUGGUUCCUGGAUCAAACUUUACUUGGAAGGUAAUACUUCGGAGACUCUUCAAAACCUAGGAAAGAAGGUGUUGAGACAGUAUUUGGAUGCCUUGAAGCUCAUGAGUUCCUCACUUUCCAAAAUUGUGGCACAGUAUGAUAUGUACUCAAUGAUUGUGGGAACAAUUAUUGUGGUGGAGGUUAUUUUCCUUCUGAUUGUAAGUACUCCAGAGGCACUGGGUAGCACUGCUGAAUUUGAAGUACCAGUGUCAUCACCAUUCUACUCCCUCCUAUUUUAUCUGCUAUGUCUGAUGUUCGCAGCUAUUCACGUUGUUGUAUGUACAUCGAUGAAAACAUCUUGCUAUUUUUGUAAUGUAUCCUGGCUACUGGCUGCAACAGUGAUUGUACUGAUAGCUGCCUUACAGUGUGUGCUCCUUUCAACUCUUUGGAAGCGUUUUACAAAUAGGAAGCCUCAACAUAAGAGUUGUGCAACACUUGAUUCUAGCUGGUCUGAGCUAGAUCUGCUUCUAUUACUUGGGACUUUUGGACAUACUCUGAGCCUUGGUUCCAGCAGUUUUAUAGAAGAAGAACAUCAAACGUGGUACUUUCUAAUCAACACGCUUUUGUUAGUAUUCUUUCAAGAUGUCUGCAGGAAAUAUUUUGCAGCCAGUGACCCCAAAGGAAAACCAAAACAAAGCAGGAAUCCAGAAGACAUUUGUUGCAAUGAACAGCAAACCACUAUCCAUGGCUUACUCGGAACUUCCUUUUAUGACGAAAAGGAUGAUAAAUCCAAAGCUUAUGUACAAUCAGGUGGAAGCUUUGAAAAGUGGUUGGCCUUAUCGAGCCCUUGGGUCGUCCUCGUAUUUUGUCGAGUACUCCGCUGCCUGAACCAGACUGGCAUCAAAUGGGCUCACGAACCAGACUUUAGCCACUGGCUGACAAGCUCCAGUCAUAGAAUUGAACUCUCCAUACUGACGGCAAUAUUCCUCUUUCUGAUCUUUAUUUUGGUUCAGAGAACAUGUUCCUCUGUAUCCAAAGCAGCACUGGCACUGGGGUUGGUGGGAAUUUACUGCUAUCGUGCAGCAAUUGGAAAUGUAACAUUUCCAUGGAAGCCAGAUAAACAUGAUAUUUCAAAGGGAAUCACUGAAGCCCGUUUUGUUUACGUGUUUAUCCUUGGCAUCCUUUUUACGGGAGUCAAAGACCUGUUGAAAUCUGCAGUUGCUUUCCCUGACACAACGACAAACUGUAGAGGACUCUGGGAAAUGUACAAUGGUCUCGUGCUCUUGGCUGCAUUGCUUCUUCGCCCUCACAACUUGCCAGUGUUGUUGUUCAUCCUUAUGGUUCAAAUGAUUUUGACCAGAUUUAUAUGGAGGAUAUUGGAUUAUGAUGCAGCACAAAUUACCAUCAUAUAUUACUGGUUUGCCCAGGUCUCCUUUUACUUUCAGGGGAAUUCAAAUAGCAUUGCAACAGUGGAUAUAUCAGCUGGUUUUGUGGGUUUUGAGAACUAUGUGGAACUGCCAGCGGUCUUCCUUACACUGUUCAGCACUUACAUAGGCCCGUUGCUGUGGGCUGUGCACCUUAUCUGUUAUAUGAGCUCAGAAAGAAGCAGGUAUUGUUCUGCAGCAGUAGGACACAGCUGUUACUGUUUUGUUCUAUUACGAGCAAUACCAGCUUCAGCUUAUAUUAUCCUGGUUACCUCGCUGCGCUAUCAUCUAUUUGUCUGGAGUGUUUUCUCACCGAAAUUGCUCUACGAAGGCAUGCAUACACUCGUAACAGCGGCAGCCUGUGUCAUGUUCACAGCAAUGGAUCAGAAACGAAUGAUAACAAUCUUAAAAAAUUGAGCAUUGGACUGGGUUCACACUUGUCUUUGUAAAAAAUUUUCAAAAUCUGUAAUGUAACUUCCUGAAAGAAAAUAGUUGAGAUUGAUGGGAUACAUGUGAAAUUGUGUAUUAAAAAACUGUUUUAAAACUCUUAAAUGGUCCCGUGGGGUGCAGAUUUCAAGCAGGUGAAACAUAGCUUGGGCAAUAGCGAUUCAGCAGCUUGUUUUACAUUCCACUCGAUUUUCAUUUUCAAGUAAAGUGGGUUGUUGAUUCACUAUUGCCCAUUUUCUGCUACUGCCAAAGAUGAGUUACAGAAUGGUCUGCUUCUGUACAUUUGACUCAUCUAUGCAGAUAUUAUUUUUCAUAUGAGCCACAGGGUUUAAUUCCACACCUUUUUCCUUCCCACAUCCUGCAGUACACUUUUUUCAAGUAACUAUUUAAUUGAAAAAAUUAUGGACUUUGCUUCAACUGUUUUUGGCAGCAAAUUCCAAACAUUGUGUGACGAUGUUUUUUGUAAGCUUUUAAUUCAUUUGGCAGUCACCUUAGAUUUGAGCCUUUCCAUUCCCUUGAAAUUUUAAUAAGGAAAUUAUGUUGUUUGUUGCUUUUUAAGAAAUCUGUUUUCAGGAAUAUUAAUACUUCUGUUAAUUUGGGGUAGCAUACUGGUUCAUUUGAGUAAACUAGCAAUGAUGACAUGUUUAAUGAGUCACUUGUAAUUUGUCAAGUUUACAGAUUGUAUUCUACUGUUAACUGAACUUGUACAGUUUUUUUGAAGGCAUGAAUGCCAAAUUGAGUUAAUAAUAGUACAGUGAAGCUCAUCCAUGAUGUUUAUACUGUUAUUACGUGGCAAUUUAACCGGAAUCCACAUUAUAGUAAGUAAAUGACAUUGGAGAUGAUUAAGCUUGUGCAGAGUGUUGGUUCAGCCUCAUCUGCAACACUGUGUAUAAUUCUGGUAAGUAUGAGAAAGGCAUCAGAGCACAUUUUUAUUUAUUUUUUCAUGGGCUGUGGGGCAUCACUGGCAAGGCCAACAUUUGUUGCCCAUCCCUCAUUGCCCUUGAAUUUAUUGGCUUGCUAGACCAUUUCAGAGGGCAGUUUAGGGUCAGUCAUAUGUGGUCAGACCAAGCAAGGAUGGCUGAUUUCCUUGUAAGCCAGAUAAGUUUUUUUUUUUAUGACAAUAGUCUCAUAGUAAGUGAAUUUAAAUUUUGCCAGCUGCUAUGAAGGGAGUUGAACCCAUGUCCCCAGAGCAUUCACCUGGGCCUCUGAAUUUAUAGUCCAGUGGGAUUAAACAUGCAAGUUAGAAAGAGCUUUCAGAACCUAUUAGACUUGAGAAGGGAAAGAUCUUAAAGCAUAUAGACAAGAUAUAGAGUUGAAUUUUCACAGCUGUCCUCUCCAUCCGUCCACUAUUACUUCAGUGAAAGAUUGGUGGCAAGCCAACACAGUAAGAUUCUACAAGAAGGGACAUUGCCUCAAAGUAAUUACAUGUGGUGAAUGUACAGAAUGGGCUAUGAAAUGAGACAUUGUAUCAGCAAAUUUGGUGGUAUUAGAUUUGAUAAAAGUAGGAUGGAUAUAUUUUCUGGACACAAUAGCCUUGGUAAGGCUGUUGAUCCUAUGCCCAUUUAAAUAGACUGAGGAAUUUUAGUAGGUACACUAACCUUGUUUCAGGCAGUGUACAAAAAAUGGACUAGAUUUUCUGUGAAGUAUGAAUGGUGGACUUAUUAAAACAAAACAUCUUUUUUUGAAACUUCUACUUUGUGAUGCACAGAAAUUAAAUGAUCUAUUUUUCAAAGCAAGGGAAUAAAGUGACUUAUUUUCAAAAAAAA